AUGGAGUACUCCGCCGUCGGGGCAGGGUACGGCUUCAGCGAUUUCGUCAGGAGGGAGUUCUUGGAGGCGUCGGAGCAUCUCAUGGAAGACCAAUUCAGGAUCCGGUGCGACGUCUCCGUUCCGGCCAAGAGCUGGACGGAGGAUAGGCCGCCGCCGCUCUCCGACCUGCAGCGGCAUCUUGGGAACCUCCUCGCCGCCGGACAGGGCGCCGACGUCGCGUUCCGGGUCGCCGAUUCAUUGCCGGAGACGACUGAGCUAGCAGAAGAGCCUAUGAUGGCUGAGCAAUUGCUGGAAGCGGCGGACAGGUACGGCGUGCAGAGGCUCAAGCUGAUCUGCGAGGAGGAACUGAGCGGAGGCGUAAACGGGAACACGGUUGCAAAGAUGUUGAGGCUGGCCGUGCGUCACCGCUGCCGCACGCUCAGGGAGGCUUGCAUCGAGUUCCUCUAG